AUGGGACUGAACGAUAGCAGUCCCGGAGCCAUGCGGAACGGUCGGGGACUGUCGGACCAGUGGGCCGACUCAGUGGUUGUCCGCCCUCGCAUCACUGAGCGCCACAUCAGGGUGCACAAACGCCUGGUGCUGGGCUUCGCCCUCUCCAUCCUCACCCUCAUCAUUGUCACGGCGGUGGCUGUGCUGCUCGGUGUGCGGUUUGAGGAGUGCAGUGCGGAUAAGGAGACGGGAUCUAACCCACGAUGGAGCGGCGGGUCGGCCAAGUUCAACGGCAGUAAGGGGGAGCGGGGGGAGGAGAGGGGUGGGGAGGAGGAUGUGGUCCAGCCGUGGAGGAUCUCUCGUCUGACAGGCGCAGUGAGGCCGAGACACUACGACCUGCAUCUCACCAUCUACAUGGACAACUUCACCUUCUCCGGAGACGUCAGCAUUGAGCUGGAGUGCGUCAACACCACCAAGUUCAUCAUCCUCCACGCCGACCACCUGGAGGUAGACAAGGUGUCUCUCUCUUCUGACUUACCUACUCGGAGCUCCAGCCGACCAGGGGGCGGAGCUUUGCGUGUGCAUCGUCACUUCCCGUAUCCAGCUAAUCAGAUGUAUGUGAUUGCUCUGCACCGCGAGCUGAAGCCAAUGAGAGUUUACCGUGUGAACAUCACCUUCCAGGCUGUGAUCGAGAACGAACUGCUGGGGUUCUUCAGGAGCUCCUACAUCAUGAAUGGAGAGAAACAGUACCUUGCAGUGACACAGUUCAGUCCUGUCCAUGCACGGAAGGCAUUUCCUUGCUUCGAUGAGCCGAUCUAUAAAGCCACCUUCUCUCUCUCCCUCCGACAUGACCCAGAAUACAUCUCUCUUUCCAACAUGCCCGUCCAGAGAAGCUCAUUGGCUGAGGAGGAUGGCUGGGUGACCAAUCAGUUCGCCCGCACACCGCGCAUGUCUACCUAUUUUCUGGCCUGGGUCGUCUGUAACUUCACCUACAGAGAAACACACACCCACAAUGGCGUGAUGAUCCGUCUGUAUGCACGGCCUGAUGCCAUUUCCAGUGGUGCAGGAGAAUACGCACUCCAGAUCACCCAGAGGCUUCUGGGAUUUUACCAAGACUACUUCAAAGUCCCAUACUCCCUGCCCAAAUUAGACCUGCUGGCGGUCCCGAAGCAUCCGUAUGCUGCCAUGGAGAACUGGGGCCUGAGUGUGUUUGUGGAGCAGAAGAUCCUGUUGGACGCCGAGGUGUCCUCGUCUUCCUAUCAGAUGGAGCUGACCAUGGUGGUCGUCCACGAGAUCUGUCACCAGUGGUUUGGUGAUCUGGUGACUCCUGUGUGGUGGGAGGAUGUUUGGUUGAAAGAAGGUUUUGCUCAUUUUUUCGAGUAUGUUGGAACAGACUUCCUCUUCCCCAAGUGGAACAUGGAGAAACAGCGCUUUCUGACUGACGUCUUGCAUGAGGUGAUGCUAUUGGAUGGUCUAAGCUCCUCCCACCCGAUCUCUCAAGAGGUGGAGCAGGCAACAGACAUCAACCGUGUCUUCGACUGGAUUGCCUACAAGAAGGGGGCAGCGCUGAUCAGGAUGCUUGCCAACGUCAUGGGACAGCGGGUCUUUCAGAAGGGACUCAAUGACUACCUGAUGACGCACAUGUAUGGAAAUGCAGCCAGAGAAGACUUGUGGAAUAAACUGUCUCAGGCGAUGCGCUCAGAGGGGCGGGACAUAGACAUUGGUAAGAUGAUGGACAGGUGGACUCUACAAAUGGGAUACCCUGUCAUCACUAUCAGUAAGAAUGACUCGGCGGAGCUCCCCAGCAGCUACAUCACUGUGACCCAGGAACAUUUCCUGUAUGGGCAGGAAACAGUAAGGAACAGCAGUUCUCAGUGGCUGGUUCCGUUGACUGUGGCUUUGGGAAAUGUCUCCAGCAUCUCAUCAGAGAAGAUCCUCUGGAUAAACAACAAAUCAGAAACCCACAGUGUCGGUCAUAUGGAAGAUGACAUCUGGUUACUAGGCAACAUCAACCAGACAGGGUAUUUCCGGGUCAACUAUGACCUUCAGAACUGGAAACUGUUGAUUCAACAACUGCACAACAACCCUGAGAUCAUUUCUGUGGGCAACAGGGCAGGGCUUAUUGAUGACGCCUUUAACCUUGCCAGGGCGGGGCGUCUACCUCAGAGCAUUCCGCUGCAGAUAAUUGGCUACCUGCCUCAGGAGCAUUCCUUCCUGCCCUGGCAUGCUGCCAGCAGAGCUCUGUACCACCUGGACAAACUACUGGACCGCACUGAAGACUACAGCCUCUUCAGUGACUAUGUGUUGAAGCAGGUAGCUUCACGUUAUCACAAGAUGGGCUGGCCUAGCAACCCUCCUAGCAACCCUCCGGGCAACGAGGGCAGCAUCAUGCAGGCAUCCUACCAAAUAGAAGAGCUACAGAGAGAGGUUAUAAUGCUGGCGUGUAGUUUUGGUAAUAAACACUGUCAUCGCCAGGCUGUCGCUCAGAUCUCUGACUGGAUCUCCAGUAACAAGAACAGGAUUCCUCCGAAUGUGAGGGACAUUGUCUACUGUACUGGUGUCAGUCUCAUGGACGAGGAUGUCUGGGAAUUCAUCUGGAUGAAGUUUCAUUCCUCCAAUGCCAUCUCUGAAAAGAAGAUCCUGCUGGAGGCACUAACCUGCUCGGACAACACUUUCCUCCUCAACAGGUUACUGAACCUGUCGCUGACCUCUGACCUGGUUCCUGAUCAGGAUGUGAUUGAUGUCAUCAUCCAUGUGGGACGGAACCCCCAUGGGCGACACCUUGCCUGGAACUACUUCAGAGAGAAGUGGGAUGUUCUGAAUGCCCGGUAUGGAGAAGCUCUGUUUAUGAACUCCAAACUCAUCGGUGGAGUCACAGAGUUCCUCAACACAGACACUGAACUGAGAGAGUUAAAAGAGUUUAUACAGGCCAGCAGUGGGGGAGCAGGUCCGGCGUUGCCGCGGGCACUGGAGAUUGUGGAGGGAAAUGUGCACUGGCACCGUCUCCACCGGCAACAGUUCUACCAAUGGCUUCGCAAAGCCCCAAACCCCAGCUUUGGCUAA